AUGGCGGCAGUGGCCACGACCUUCAGCGAUGCGCUGCGGACGCCGCUCGCUGAUCAGGAUGCGGACGGUCGCCACGGGCGACGAGUCCCCGUGCGCGGACUCCGCCGGACGGUGCACGUACGACGGCGUGACUCCCGCGGCCCCGCCGCGAUGUGGAUGGGCAGACGUUGGCGACGGGAGGAGGCGGACUACCAGAGAGCUUGCUUGCUUGCUUGA